AUGAAUGGAAAUAAUACUGGACAAGGAAAAAAUCAAGAUGAUAUUCGUGUACUUCCACCAAGUCCAUAUACAGAAGUUUCAAAAGCUGGUUUUCUAAAAGAAAAAACAACUCCUUUAAAUGAAGAAAUAAUUCAAACAAAUAAAAAAUUAGAUAAAUCAAGAAAAAGUUUUUUAUAUGAUCCACGUAGAAAAACAAUACUUGGUCGUAGUUCUCUUAAUUGGCUUAGAUUAGCUGCAUUUUAUACAGUAUUUUAUUUUUGUUUGGGAAUGUUUUUUGUUCUUUUACUGUACGUAUUUGCUUUAAUGCUUGAUCGUGAAAUACCAACAUAUUAUAACAAGGAUAGUACAAUGGCUGUACGAACAACAGCUACUGUUGUUGGAAUGGGUUUUCGACCUCAACCAGAAGUUGAUGAUAGUCUUAUUCGAGUAACAAAUAAUGAACAUGAACAAAGACGUAUUGCUUCAUCACUUCGAUUAUUUCGUGAUAUUUAUCUUAUUCAAAAAGCUGAUGCUAGAACAGAAGAAUGUUCAGAAAAAGAAACAUCAGCAGACUUAGUACCCGGUACAGCAUGUACAUUUAAUUGGUUUCAUAUUGUUAAAACACAAGAUCAUCCAUGUUCGGAUAAUAAUAUGUAUGGUUUUAAAAAUGAAGAACCAUGUGUUCUUGUUAAAUUAAAUAAAGUCUAUGGAUGGACACCAAUAAAGGGUCCUUUACCAUUACGUAUACAACACCUUCAAAAUAUCAACAGUAAUAAAAGUAUAGCAAAAUCUCAUGUUUACAUUACAUGUGAAGGAUCGAAUCCAGCUGAUAGAGAUGCUUUAAGUGGUAUAAUAUAUUAUUCAUUGGGUGAUCCAUCUGGUUCUAAAGUAUAUGGUGUUAUACCAAAUUAUUACUUUCCAUAUCGAAAUGCUCCUGAUCAUGUUCAACCAUUUGUAUUAGUUCAAUUUAAAAAUUUACCAUUAAAUCGUCUUCUUAGUGUAACAUGUCGAGCUUGGGCACCAGGUAUUCAACAUGAUUCAAGAGGUAUGCGUGGUAUGGUUUCAUUUCAAUUAUUUCGUUCACAAGGAUCUGGAACAACAAAUAUUGAUGCUAGUUAG